CGGAUGGCCGCCGUGGAGGCUCUCUGCAUGCUGGCGCAGUCCUCGCCCUCUUUUGCCGAGAAGUGCCUCGAUUUCCUGGUCGACAUGUUCAACGACGAGAUCGAGGAAGUGAGGCUGCGGUCGAUCCACACCAUGAGGAAGAUUUCCAACAACAUCGCGCUGCGAGAGGAUCAGCUGGACACGGUGCUGGGUGUCUUAGAGGAUUCCUCCCGAGAUAUCAGGGAGGCUCUGCACGAGCUGCUGUGCUGCACCAACGUCUCGACCAGGGAAGGCAUCCAUCUUGCCUUGGCGGAGCUGCUGAAAAACCUCGCCAAGUAUCCGACGGACAGGGACUCUAUCUGGAAGUGCUUAAAGUUUCUGGGAGGCAGGCACCCUACUCUGGUGCUCCCACUCGUCCCUGAAUUGUUGGGGACCCACCCUUUCUUUGACACCCCCGAACCAGACAUGGAUGAUCCGGCUUAUAUCGCAGUCUUGGUUCUUAUUUUCAACGCGGCUAAAUCCUGCCCGACGAUGCCAGCGCUCUUCUCUGACCACACCUUCCGGCACUACGCUUACCUUCGGGAUAGUCUCUCGCACCUUGUGCCGCCUUUGAGGCUGCCUGGAAAGAAGAUGGCCGCUUCUUCUGGGCCUGCCAGCCUCAUCCUUCAAGAAGAUCCUUCUCAGGAAUUUCUACAGCAGAGCCUCGAAAGAGUUUUCAACCUUCAGCACCUGGAUCCGCAGGGCACCCAGGAGCUGCUAGAAUUCACCAUUCGGGACCUCCAGAGGUUUGCAGAACUGCAGUCUGACUUAGCAGGCCUGGCUGACUUCUCUGCCGCUUACCUACGCUGCCAGCUCCUUCUCAUUAAGGCCCUGCAGGAGAAACUCUGGAACGUCGCAGCUCCCCUGUACGUGAAACAGAAUGCAUUGGCCUUAGCUGCGGCUCGGCAGAUUAUGGAAGAAACGUACAAGAUGGAGUUCAUGUACAGCCACGUGGAGCAUCGGCAGGUGGUCAUCAUCCACCAUAUGAGGCUCCAGGCCAAGGCUCUGCAGCUGAUUGUGACUGUGCGGACAACGAGAGGGGUGGAACCGCUCGGGAUAUGUGAGAAAUUUUUGCAGGAAGUGGACUGUUUUCAAAGGUGUUUUAUUUCUGAGCUGCCUCACAUGCAAGGCAGCUUUGUGGAUAAGCUUCUUGACCUGAUGCCCAGGCUGGUCACCUCCAAGCCUUCAGAGGUAGUCAAGAUCCUUCGGGUGACCUUGAGACAGAGUAAUUUCCUUCGCCUUCCAUUGCCGGAGAAGAUCCACCGAGCAACUGCCACCAUUAUCGAACCCACAGGAGAGUCGGACAAUCCCCUGCGCUUCACGUCAGGUUUAGUUGUCGCUCUGGAUGUGGACGCCACUCUGGAACAUGUGCAAGAUCCCCAAAGCACAGUGAAAGUUCAGAUCAUGUAUCCUGAUGGCCAGUCCCAAGUGAUCCACCCGAAACCGGCAGAUUUUAGAAACCCUGGUCCAGGAAGGCACCGAUUAAUUACUCAGGUUUAUCUCUCACACACUGCCUGGACAGAACCUUGUCAAAUCGAACUCUGUCUUCUCCUGGCCUACAGUUCAGACAGAACCAAAGCCUCCGUGGGCCUCUCGCGGUCCACCUGGGGAGACAGCAUGGAUCUUCUACCCCCAUCCGAGGGCAGCAUCGAAGGGACUCUCUUGUUCGGCAAACCGGUCAAAGUUUAUAUUAUGCCCAAGCCUGCCAGGCGGUGAAAAGCUGCCGUUGCAAAAUAGUUUCCUCUUUUAUUUUACUCCUUGGGGAGAAAUUUCGGAAGUGGAUAAAGACCGUAAAGACCAUCGGAGUGUUGGCCUCCAAGUUAAAACUCUGCUCUCUCUUCUGCUUACAGAACCACCUGAAAGGGAAGGGGCUCCGUUAAGUUGCUCCUCAGACUUUGCUACGGACGUUUUACUCCGUCGCUUGGCAGGCCUCCUUUAAGUGCAACAUGGUUUGGUCCAGCUUAGCCCAGCCAAGAGUUUGGCGGUUGGGCACUUCCAACACAUCUGGAGGGGUGUCUGUUUGGGAAAAUCUGCUUUGGCCUUUCCUUAAACUUUUCGGAUGCUGGGCAAGUGUUUCUUUGAGCAACUUUUUUUUUUUUUUAACACGGUCGGUGAAAUGAGGGACAAAAAUCAUCAAACCCGGUUAUCGGGGUUUCUCAACCUCAAUCUUUAAUAAAAGAGGGUGGCCUUGAUGUGAAGAUCGCAGUUGCUGCGUUGAGAUAGGAGAAAGGUUGCUCUGGCAUCUAGACUGGUCUCAGAAUGUACAGAAUGUCCUCUUCGGUGCGGCCAGUGGAAUAAACGGGAAGAGACGUUAUGUGCGAUUCUCUUCAGACGGAAAGUUCUCCCUGGCGAAGAUUGUAUCGUGACCACCUUGUGGCUUGGUUUCACGCAGAGAACUUGGGAGCCCGUAAUUUAAUAUUUUUCGACAUUUAUUAAAAUAGCACUGUGCCUCCCCUGGUGUUGUUACUGUUUGCUGUAAGUAGCAUUUCUUGAGUGAGCUCUGAAGUUUUGGUUAAUUUGGAUGGAUGGAUGGAUGGGGA